AUGUCUACGCAGGCGGAACAGGAGAGUAAGAUUAAUUCGAUGAACGACGAGGCGCGCGCAUUUGUGGCGAAGCAGGCAAAACCAGUCGUGCUGCCGUCGUUUUCGCGCUGGUUCGACAUGAACGAGAUCCACGAGAUCGAAAAGCGUUCGUUGCCUGAGUUCUUCAACAACGAGUCCCGGUUCAAAACCCCCAAGGUUUACAAGGAGUACCGCGACUUUAUGAUCCACACGUACCGUCUGAACCCGAUGGAGUACUUGACGGUGACUGGGGCAAGACGCGGGCUGGCGGGCGAUGUUGCGUCGAUCAUCAGAGUCCACGGGUUUCUGUGCAAGUGGGGGCUAAUCAACUACCAAAUUGACCCCAAGACCAAACCCGUGGUGUUGGGGCCUCAAUUCACCGGCCAUUUCCAGAUCACGCUAGACAAGCCCACCGGGCUGGAGACGUAUAUCCCCGUUAAGGAGGAACAGGAACAAAAGGAGGAGGCCUCAGAAACACCGCAAAUCUCCACAAACAGCGGGUUCCCGUUGAACCUCGAGAUCAGAAAAAACGUGUACGACACCGCGCAGGACGCAUUCUCGCUCAGAAGCGACGAGCUGUCCAAAAACGCGGUCAAGCAAUUCUAUUGCAGCGUCACCGGCAACGAAAUCACCGAGUCGCGGUACCACAACCUCAAGACCAAGCAGAACAUCAGCGAGCAAGCGUUCAAGGACGGCCAGUUCCCGGCCGCUUUCAAGAGCAGCGACUACGUCAAGCUGGAAAAAACGUACAACCAAUCGGACGCCAGACCUUGGACCGACCAGGAAACACUUUUGCUGCUUGAAGCCAUCGAGAUGUACCACGAAGACUGGACGUCGAUCAGCGGUCACGUUGGCUCGCGGUCGAAGGAGCAGUGCAUUGCGCGGUUCAUCCAGCUGCCGAUCGAGGACAAGUACCUGGAGAAACAGCUGUCGAAAGCCACUUACCAGGAGUUUUUGAAACAGAGCUCCAAGCCAAAGGGCGUGGUGGACACCAUCAACAACAGUAUCAAGCAGCUUUUGGAAUCCAACGGCGAGUCGCUCCAGAAAGUUGCAGACAGCUCCACAGAAAAGCUACAGCGCGAAACCGCUGUGCAAGACAACCUAAUAAGUCAGAUUCUGGCUCUUUCGCUCAAACAGUUCGAGACCAAGUUCGAUAAGCUGCAGGAGCUGGACAAACAGCUCCAGGCCGAGAAGCAGCAGCUGGCUCUGGAGAAGCACAACCUUGUGGUGGAUCGUUUGGCCCUGCGCAAGCAGACGAUCUCUGUGCGGCAGAAACUGCUCAAGGCCAGCGAACUGGGGGCCACCGACGAGGGUCUGAUGCUUUGCGAGGAGGCCAUGUUGGAGGCUACCCGUGCACCACGGGUAGUUUCCACAAAGAAGACCAGCGAGCUGGGAACCGUGAACGGCGAGAACAUUCCGGACAAGGUGAAGCUGAAUGAGACGUUUGAGCCAAUCAGCGUGAAGGAGCCGCAGCUGUACAGUAUGUGGGCACAGUAG